GCUGGGGAUCUGUAGACAGGAUGCAAGGCCCGUAGCUCCCCGCUCGGGGGAAACCCGGCUGCUGGGGAGGAGGAGGGAAACAAGGUUAAAACCGAAAUUUUAGACCCGGAGGGUGGAAGAGAACAUUUCUCCCGAAGUGGGAGCGAAGUCCUACCCGCGGCCCGGAUCACUCUCUUUUCACUUCUCCAGCUCUUUGGUCGCCAGCCCCGGGCUCUCCACCACUCGGCUCUAGCUGCUGGCGGCGCCGCCUGCGGCGCGGGGAAGGACAAACCAACCGGCAGCUCCAGCAGACUUGGGCCUUUCCCCGCCUCCUGGCAAUCGGGGUUUCCUCCCCAGCGCAAUUUCAGGGGUCGAAGUCGUCUGGGCCAGCGCUUUUCGUUGAUCGCAUCUUGGGCCUCCCUACUUCGCCGGGUUAGGGCUGGGAGUUCAGGCUCUGGCCUGGCUCUUGCGGAAGGAGAGUCCAUUCAGACCUCCACACCUGGCUCCACCGGCCCAGCCCCAAAUAGACCCAGUUCCUUGCCUCAGACUUCCCUAGGGGCCAGAAGAGCAGACACUGUGCAAGCUGGGCCCAGAAGAGACCUUUAGAAGCCGAGGAGGUGGGGAGCAUGAAUAAAGCUUCUCUGCUUGGAAAGCAAGAGAAGCUGCCCAGUGCCUCUGCUUCGAACUCUUCUUCCCAGGUUAAACCCUCUCAGCCUGUCAGUUUGGACAGGGGAGGGUUUGGAUUGGGCCUGUCCUGCACUCAGAGACUUUGAGGGUGCCCAUGCACCCCACUCACCAUCUCCCAGGACCCAAGAGGGCCCCAGCCAAUGUGGAAGAGGUGGUGGAGGGGCAGAGGUUGCUGUGCGAUUUGCCCUGGCCUAAACCUUCGGCUUAAGGAUUGAGAGAUCGCCAGGAUUAGAGGCCAGGAACUUCACGGUAUCUCUGGAGAGGAGUCUGUGUGGAGGGUGACUUUUAAUGGUCAUCUUACCCCUUUUCCUGGGGCCUAGUGGAGUGGCUCCUUUUAAGAAACAGUUUGGGGGGAGCUUUUGGAGGGCUUGGCUGAAGUAGCCACCACGGCCUUAGUCUUCAAACACAGUAUGAGCCUUUCUGGAAAAAGAGCAGAGGCGACAGGAAGCGGGAGACGUAAAGAGGAAGAUCUAUCCAGGCCAGCAGCCGGUCCUGGGCCUGUGGCUGGCUUGGGCUCCGUGGGCGGGCCUGGGUUCUGGGCACCCUGGAUAUGGGCCUUUUGGGGUGGAAGAAGCGCACCGCACACCCUGGCGGCGCCCUCCGCGUUUAGGGCAAGCCGGAGACACGGAGGGAGCUCCGGGUGCCCAUUCCCCCGCGGCGGCGGCGGCGGGGUCGCAGGCUGACGCAGGCGCUGCGGUCUCGCGCCUCCCUCCCUCCGCAGACCAUGCCGUCCAUCAGCAGUGAUCGCGCUGCGCUGUGCGCCGGCUGCGGGGGCAAGAUCUCGGACCGCUACUACCUGCUGGCGGUGGACAAGCAGUGGCACAUGCGCUGCCUCAAGUGCUGCGAGUGCAAGCUCAACCUGGAGUCGGAGCUCACCUGUUUCAGCAAAGAUGGAAGCAUCUACUGCAAAGAAGACUACUACAGGCGGUUCUCUGUGCAGCGCUGCGCCCGCUGCCACCUGGGCAUCUCGGCCUCGGAGAUGGUGAUGCGAGCUCGGGACUUGGUUUAUCACCUCAACUGCUUCACGUGCACCACGUGUAACAAGAUGCUGACCACAGGUGACCACUUCGGCAUGAAGGACAGCCUGGUCUACUGCCGCUUGCACUUCGAGGCGCUGCUGCAGGGCGAGUACCCCGCGCACUUCAACCACGCGGACGUGGCGGCCGCGGCGGCGGCAGCUGCCGCUGCCAAGAGCGCGGGGCUGGGCGCAGCCGGGGCCAACCCUCUGGGUCUUCCCUACUACAAUGGUGUGGGCACAGUGCAGAAGGGGCGGCCGAGGAAGCGCAAGAGCCCCGGCCCCGGGGCGGAUCUGGCGGCCUACAACGCUGCGCUGAGCUGCAACGAGAACGAUGCGGAGCACCUAGACCGCGACCAGCCCUACCCGAGCAGCCAGAAGACGAAGCGCAUGCGCACCUCCUUCAAGCACCACCAGCUUCGGACCAUGAAGUCUUACUUUGCCAUUAACCACAACCCUGACGCCAAGGACUUGAAGCAGCUCGCACAAAAGACGGGCCUCACCAAGCGGGUCCUCCAGAUUCCCAGCGCCUCGGAUCCAGUAAAGCAGAGAAGGCACUUGUGGAAGAUGGUGUCAUUGUUUACAAACCACUGUUAGGGGCAACGCCAGAGAAAUAGCAAACAGCCAGUAACUAACUGGUUCCAGCCCUUCCCAAGGGCUUGGAGCCCCGGACCGAUGGGCCAUGAGCUGCCCCCGGGGCUGCUUGUUCCAGCUACUGCUCAGAGAGUCGGAUGCACAGGGCACUCACGGAGCCACACACACUCAGGACAGGACGGUGGCAAGAGGUGACACCAAGACUCUGGCAUUUCUCAUCCCCAGUCUUCAAAGACACUUCGGGGAAGUCGCCUCCGUUCUCUGAGGGCCUCUUGGCGCUUCCUCCAUCAUUUUCUCCAUCAGUCAUUCUCUGGGCCAGAGAGACACGGAGUCUCACCCCUGCAGAUUUCUGCAGGAGGGGCAGGGAAGGAGCCCCCACCCCCAAAAAGUGCCUGUUGAGGCUGGCCUUAGAGCGCUGGACUUAUUUGUGAGCUCCUGGAAGAGGUGAUGGGCUUGCUUUGGGCAGAAGGCCAGGGAAAAUGUGCUUUCUUUCUGGAAAGACCCAGCGUGCUGGGGAGAGAGCUUUGUUUCCUGACUUGACAGGGUCCGUGUCUCCUUUACAACAGAAUUCUUGAGGCUGUGCUUCUUAAUUGAGCCCACGUGGUAUCAGGCCACCAAAUAGUGGGUUUGAGGCCACAGGCCUCUGAAGCUGGGGUGGUCCCUAGGGGAGGGUGGGGCCUGGCGUCGGCCCUUCCCAUCCCUGUCUGAGACACUGGGAAGACAGCAGAUGCAGGCACAUCUGGAAAUAUGCAGCUGGACACCCCAGAAUCUGUAAAAUUCCCCAAGGCCCUUUGUUUUACAGGGAGCCUUUUGGAGGGUGUUUUCCUCACGCAAAGGGAAGUGAAAAGGCCCUGCCCUUUGGGAGACAUAACUUCCCACCCUGUCCCCCUUCCCCCUAGGUUUUCUGGGCUUCUCCCGAAGUACUUUGAGUAUCUCAGGGUACAGCUGGAUCUCUGUGCAGUUCGACGGGUGGACGUCCUAGUUGGGAGAGGGCGCUGUGUAGGCGAGGUUUGAUGCUUGUCUUCAUGUGUACAGGCUUGUGGGCAGCGUUGUGGGUGUGGGUGUGGAUGUGUGUGUGUGUGUCUGCGCCCAAGGGAAAAUGAAAGCAAACCCUUAUUCUCUUUCUUUGGCAUUCCUUUCAUACCAAGCUCAGUAACGUGGCCCACCCCCCCACCUCCCUCAUAAAUGGUACUGGGACGUGGCAGGUUGGGAGAGGGAAUCUGCGGCUCACAACCUCCUGGGCCUUUCUUUAAUCGGGCAGCUGUUCCCCCUCUGCCCACUCUGCCCUGAGACCUGAAACCCAGUGGUCCAGGAUGCCAGCGGCUUCUCCAACGGAUGGUGGUGGGGAUUAAGAUCCCCGUCUUUCUCUUCCUCUUAGUAACUCUUUGUUGACUGAGUCCUGUGUGUUCUU